GAUUUCAGUGUAUUAGGUGUGCGCAUCAAGAGCGUCGGUGUAACAUCCGUAUCACCAAGAUAAACAUUGGUAUGUUCUUAAUUGCCUGCAGACGUUUGAUAAUCAGAACGGUUUUUACUGUUGUCUUGUCGCAGUUCCUGAUAGAGAGUAGUAGCUAACGUUACUGGAGUUUUAAUACACCAAAGGAAGUUAAUGCACUGGUGACAGGUGUCAGUCGCGUUAAAUCCACUGUACCUCUGUGUUUGGACUCUGUCUAAAAGUGUUUGAGUCAGAAUGCCCCAGACGAAUAAGGCUAGAGCUUCCGGUGGAUCUUCCGGUGAAGUGUCCGGUCCAGAGAGCGGAGAGCCUCCACCGGCCCGAGCCGAAGCGGAUCAGAGUGACCCUCUCAUAGUCAAGUCACCAAGCGACCCCAAGAAAUACAGGUACAUAGAGCUGAGCAAUGGACUCAAAGCACUGCUCAUAUCAGACCUCACCCAGUCAGAGAGUAACAAAGAGCCAGUAGCCAAAGAGGAGGAAGACUCCGGUGAGGAAGAGGAUGGUGACAGUGAGAGCACUAAUGAAGACAGCAGCUGUGUGAGGAAAUGCAGUUCAGAGAAACAGUCUGCAGCGGCGCUCUGUAUCAGCGUGGGAAGCUUCAGUGACCCUGCGGAUCUACCUGGUCUCGCCCAUUUCCUCGAGCACAUGGUCUUUAUGGGCAGCGAGAAGUACCCGGCCGAAAAUGGCUUUGAUGCUUUCCUGAAAAGACAUGGAGGAAGUGACAACGCUUCCACAGACUGUGAGCGGACCAUCUUCAAGUUUGAUGUCCAAAGAAAGUACUUCAGAGAAGCACUGGAUCGGUGGGCGCAGUUUUUCAUUGGUCCCCUGAUGAUUCCUGAUGCGGUGGACAGGGAGGUGGAGGCCGUAGACAGCGAGUAUCAGAUGGCGCAGCCAUUAGACUCGAAUCGCAAAGAGAUGCUGUUUGGAGGUCUAGCUAAAGCUGGUCAUCCGAUGAGCAAGUUCUUCUGGGGAAAUGCUCAGACACUGAAAAACGAACCCAGAGAGAAGAAUAUCAACACUUAUGAGCGUCUGAGAGAGUUCUGGAGGAGGUAUUACUCUGCUCAUUAUAUGACGCUCGCAGUGCAGUCCAAAGAGACACUUGAUAACCUGGAGGAAUGGGUGCGAGAGAUCUUCAUUAAGAUCCCAAACAAUGGCCAGCCACGGGCGGAUUUUUCCGACCUUCAGGAUCCAUUUGAUACUCCGGAUUUCAACAAGCUUUACAGAGUGGUGCCUGUGCGAAAGAUUCAUGCGCUGACCAUCAGCUGGGCUCUUCCACCUCAGGGCAAACAUUACAGAGUGAAACCCCUGCAUUAUAUUUCCUGGCUGAUUGGUCAUGAAGGAGCUGGAAGUAUACUGUCUUUACUCAGAAAGAAGUGCUGGGCUCUGGCUCUGUUUGGAGGAAACAGUGAGUCGGGUUUCGAUCAGAACACCACCUACUCCAUCUUCAGCGUUUCAAUCACUUUGAGUGACGAGGGCUUCCACAACUUCUUCCAGGUCAUUCAUAUAGUAUUCCAGUAUCUGAAGAUGCUUCAGUCUGUUGGACCUCAACAGAGGCUCUAUGAAGAAAUCCAGAAGAUUGAAGCCAGUGAGUUUCACUAUCAGGAGCAGAUGGAACCAAUUGAGUUUGUGGCGAACAUUUGUGAAAACAUGCAACUUUUCCCAAAAGAAGACUUCCUGCGUGGAGACCAGCUGAUGUUUGAAUACAACCCAGAGGUCAUCUCAGCUCCUUUGAGACUCUUGACUCCAGCAACAGCCAAUAUAUUACUGCUGUCACCCGAGCAUGAUGGGCUCUGUCAUCUGAAGGAGAAGUGGUUUGGGACGCAGUACAGUGUGGAAGACAUUCCACAAGAAUACUGUGAUCUUUGGGCUGGAGAUUUCCCGCUGAACCCAGACCUUCACCUCCCCGCUGAGAACAGGUUUAUAGCCACGGAUUUCACCCUCAAAACAUCAGACUGUCCUGACACGGAUUUCCCAGUCAAAAUAAUUGACAACGAGAGAGGCCGCCUCUGGUUCAGAAAGGACAACAAGUUCAAGAUACCCAAAGUUUAUGCACGCUUCCAGCUGCUGGCACCAAUUAUACAGGAAUCUCCUAAAAAUCUGGUCCUGUUUGAUCUCUUUGUGAAUAUUCUGGCUCAUAAUCUGGCGGAGACGGCAUACGAUGCUGAUGUUGCUCAACUGGAGUAUAUGUUAUUUCCUGGAGACCAUGGCUUGUUCAUCAGACUCAAAGGAUUUAAUCACAAACUGUCUUUGCUUCUGAACCUGAUCGUAGACCACCUGGCCAACUUUAGCACCACUCCAAAUGUGUUUAGCAUGUUCAUUGAGCAGCUGAAGAAAACCUACUACAUCAUCCUCAUUAAGCCCGAUCAACUUGGAAGAGAUGUUCGACUGCAGAUCCUGGAGCACCAUCGCUGGUCUGUGAUGCAGAAGUAUAAAGUUAUCAUGACCGACCUCGGUGUGACUGAUCUCAUGGACUUUGUGAAUCGAUUCAAGGCUGAGUUAUUUGUGGAAGGACUCAUACAAGGGAACUUCACAAGUGCUGAAUCCAAGGAAUUUCUACAGUAUUUUAUAGAGAAACUCCAGUAUAAAGCUCCUCCAGCUGAACCUCCUGUCCUGUUCCGAGUGGUGGAGUUGCCACAGACGCACCACUUAUGUAAAGUCCAGUCGCUCAAUAAAGCGGAUGCUAACUCCGAAGUCACAGUAUACUAUCAGACAGGGCUUAAGAACUUGCGGGAACAUACACUGAUGGAGCUGCUCGUGAUGCACAUGGAAGAACCCUGCUUUGAUUUCCUGAGAACAAAGGAAACUUUAGGGUAUCAGGUGUACCCAUCCUGUAGAAACACCUCCGGUGUCCUUGGCUUCUCAGUUACUGUUGAGACUCAGGCCACCAAGUUCAGCACUGACUUUGUGGAAGGAAAAAUUGAAGCUUUUCUAGACAACUUUGAGGAGAAGAUGGUUAACUUGUCAGAUGAGGCUUUUCAAACUCAAGUGACAGCCCUAAUCAAGCUGAAGGAGUGUGAAGACACGCAGCUCGGGGAAGAAGUGGACAGGAACUGGUUUGAAGUGCUCACGCAGCAGUAUGUCUUUGACAGGCUCAAUAAAGAAAUUGAAGUCCUGAAGAAUGUCACCAAAGAUGAACUGGUAUCUUUUUUCAUGGAGCACAGACACGCCAGCAGUAGAAAACUAAGUAUACAUGUGGUUGGAUUCGGAGAGAAAGAGAAGGAAACCCAUGGAGAUGAUCAGUCCAGUUCAUCCCCAGAGUCUCAGGAUACAGAAGAGAAGACUUCCUCAUAUGGAGACGUGUCCGAGCUCAUCUUCCUGCCCGCCUCGCCCAUCCUCGCCAAAGCCAGCAGGAUAACAGACAUCCGUGCGUUCACGUCCUCCCUCAACCUGCACCCCUACCACAAGAUCCUCCAGUGAGACUGAAGCGCACUGAAGAGCCGGCUACCUCCAGAUGAAGCUCCGCAAAAACACUCUCAUCUGUCUCUGACGUUUUUAAUCACACAAAAAUACAAGUGGAUAUUGUAUUCAGUCAAGUGACGCAUAGGAACUGUUGUUUAAGUAAUCCCGUUUAUCAUGUAGAGGACAAAAAUCUAAAUAACAUAUAAAUGUAUUAGAUUAUCAGGGAUGAUGCACAUAUCACUAAAAUAUAUACAUUGAAUACAUCAGGUAUACAUGAAAAUAAGAGGUUGCUGGAAAUCAUUUUUUAAGGUGAGAAUGUAUUUUAUCUUGAAUUCUCAUUGUGAAUAAAAAUUUGGAGACGUGGA